CUCCGCAGGGACAUAGGCAUGCUCGUAAUACCAAGUAAACCGAAAUUAUUAAUAGAGGCACAAACAAUGGCAGCCGACAUGGAACUGUGGACUCGCGACGCGAAUCGUGCCAUGGAGCGUCGACAAGUGCCAUCCAGAAUUCCUCCACCUAAACAACAAGGGCAACGCCCAAAUACACCGAGUGAUCGACCAAACCAUUCGAUACCUUUGAAGUGUACAAAGUGCGGAAGAUUAGGACACACCAGUGACAAGUGCUACGCGCGAAAUUUUCAAGUGGCCAACCAGGGAAAAAUUCCACCACCAAGAGUGAACAACCUCAAUUCUCAAGAGAACAAAGUGACAGAAACAACAUCCGAAUCAACUGCACCACCGGAAAAUUACUACAAAUUUGCUGCAGAGUUCCAGGAAUGUCGAGAAUCGGAAGACUACUCGUGGACACAGGAGCAGGAAUCAACAUCCUCAAGCGAUCAGUAGCUGAAAGAAUAGAGCCGACAGAAAGCAAAACAUUCUUUAUGGAAAACUACUCCUCACACACUGUCUCCGGGAAAAACAACAAAACGAACACAAUAUCUAGACGGAAAACCUGUUCAAAUAUGCUACAUCAACACUGGUAAGCAAGACCAUCAGAUUACAAACGAAAUAGAACCAGAUGAUAAAAUCGAUCAAAUUAACAAAUUUGCAAAAAUUAUUAGAACUAAACAUAUUGAUCCAAGUUUACGAGACCCUUUAGAGAAAAUCCUUAUUAACUAUCUUGACGUUUUUAAUUUAGAAACUGACUUACUUCCUUGUACAUCCCUUACGGAACACGCUAUUACGUUAAAAUCCGAAAAACCUAUUAAUAUAAAAAGUUAUAGACCACCUGAAUGCCAUAAGCAAGAAAUCGAACGACAAAUUAAUGAUAUGCUAGUUAAAAAAAUCAUUGAACCAUCAGACUCUCCUUAUAACGCGCCGGUUU